AGAAAAGAAAAAGCAGUGCAUGAUUAGAAUCAUCAUUUGAUUGGAAGGGUGAAAUAAUUCCUUUGCAGUUGAUGUACAUUAUUGAUGUAGUUGAGAAUCUAUUUAAUGAGAUGCUAAGAAACUAACAAAUUAUAUAUAUAUAUAUAUAUAUAUACAUAUAAAUAGUAGUAAUCUGCUGUAUUAUUCCUAGCCUGGGAAAUCAUGUUUCAAGUUUUUUUUUUUUCCACAUGAUGUGUGGGUCUGAUUACUUCAUCAUCUUCAUCUAAGAGUCUUCGUAUACAAACACUGCCAAGUGUUCUUGGCAAUCACCAAAAUGUCCCAUUCACCAUUUCAAUGAUAACCCAAAAAAGUUAUCAUCAUAUCCUCAUAAUCAACUUAAAAAGAAACUUUAGUCCACUUUUAAAAGGGUUAUUUUUCAUUUGAUGAGAGAAAAAUUAUGGCUUCAAAUGCCAGUUUGGCCACAAGCCCAUGGCCCUACUACUCUCAACAUCACUCCCACUUCACAUUUAUAAAGGCCUACUUAUAUAGUGUAUAUAUUAAUAUUAUUACUUCUCAAUAUUAAGCCAACCCAGCUGAGCAACCUCUGCAAGCAAAUUCUUCUUAUUUCCUUUUUCAAUUUCUUGUCAUCUAAUCUCAGCCUAGAAGGGUUUUGUUCACGUUCUGUUUAUUAUCAGAAAAGGGUAAACCUCAAAUAUCAUUCUACUUCCCUGGUCUUUUUCAUCUUCUUCUUUUGUACUUUUCUAGUCUGUAUUACACAUUUUCUUUUGUGUCAUUUUCUCCGCAAAUAGCUUCAUGGCUAUGGUUACCUUAACAUCACCAACUUAUAAUCCUAAUCUCCAAAGAACUUUGUCUCUUGAUUCCAAGAACAACAAUCUCCGGGAUGCUUCUUUUUCUUCCUACUUAAACAAGGGAGAGGAGAUUUUUGUGCGGAAACUUGCAGAACCAAGUCGGAAUUUGAACUCCGUGGUUAACUCAAGAGAGGAGCAGGCAGGAAAGAAGGAAGAAGAUGAAGAAAUUGGAGUAUUUGGAGCAGAAAGGUACUUCAAUGGUGGGAUCGAAGAUACUAGUCCAAGAAUUACCAAAAUAGAUCCAAAGAUUUAUCAAUAUAUGAAAGAUGGGAAGGUUGGUCCAGGGCAUGUAAGGCCAAAAAUGCAGCUGGGAACUCCUAGUCUUCUUUCUGAAUCAAGCUGGAACAGCCAAAGUGCAUUGCUUAAGAACAGUGUGGUUCGGAACCCGCCUCGAAGGAAGACAAAGAAAGGGAAUGGGAAGAGUUUUCUGACUAUUCUUGGCUGCAAAUACUGCUAUUGUUCAGAUAAGGAGUCUGUUGACAUUGAUGAUGAACAUGUUGGAGAGCUUAGUUUCAAUAGAAGUGCUAAUUCUGUUCAAGUUCCAGGCAAGGCAGCAAGCAGAGAAGCACCCAUCAAAACAAGCCUAGACCUAGUUCAUGUUAAUGGGACAGUAUCUACAGAUCCUGGAUUGAGCAAAGACAACUGCUUUAGUUUUCCAACAAUGAAGUCUGAGGUGGGUAUUCAUCGAAAUCUACCGAUCAAAACAAAGUUCCAAGAUUUCGAAGAAAUUCCAAGAAAGUCACUAGAGGUCUUUGGAUCACCUGCUCUUCAAAAGAGAAACAAGGGUUUAAGCCUAGAGACAAGGAAGUUAACAAUGUUGUCCUGGAACGGUACUCCAAGAAUGGAUCAAGAACAAGAAUUCUCAACCAUAUCUGCAAACCACAACGAUGCAGAUAGCGAUGCAAGUUCAGAUUUAUUCGAAAUCGACAGCCUAACUGGCAAACCAAACCCUUUUCUUGCAAGACAAACGUCAGAUGCAACAUCUGGUUGUGUUACCCCAACAACAGGUUAUGCGCCGAGUGAGGCCAGCAUAGAAUGGAGUGUUGUUACUGCCAGUGCUGCAGAUUUCUCAUCUGUCAUAUCAGAUUUCGAAGAGCUAAGAUCAUCAAGGGCCAUAACUAGCCCUGUUCGAAACGUUUCUUCAAACAAGAAUCUGAAAGCCAGAGCCAAUAAAGACAUGAUCCAUAAGCACAAACCCAGUAGCCUUCUGGGAUGUAAGAGUCAGAAAGCUGUUAGAGUUGCUGGAGAUGCUCAUAGAAAAAAUCAGAAACCAAAUUAUGAACCUUCUCAGAAACCAAGGUUUCCAGCUGAGUCUAAAUUGACAAGUUUUGAUCCUCGAAAUGGAAUUGCCGCUCUUUCGAUCCAGAGAUCACACUCGCCGUGUGCUUCCCAUCUUUUGUACAUUCAAUAGUCAAGAUCAAGAAUUAUCAUAUAUGUUCCUGUUAUAAUAUAAUCUCUUGUAUCAAGCAUGUUAAGACAUAAUGCUUCUAGUACCAGAAGGGAUUUGCAUAAACUUCUUUCUCAUUACUUUUUUCAAUCUUGUAGGACAAAAACAGUCCACAUGGACAAUAUGACCCAUCCCAUUGUUUUUUAUUCCAGUGUUAUCUUGUCUUAUAUUGGAUCUAUGAAGAUAUAGUCAAUUCUGUAUGUUAGUAUGAUUUUAAUAAAAAGGCUUGGAGUAUAAACCAAAAUCAGCCAUGCUCAGAAGAUUUUCU